AUGCAUUCUUCCAUCUUCUUUACCGUCUUCGCCGGCAUCGUCGGUAUCACUACUGCAUCUCCUACCGAGUCAAACACUGUUCCUACGGUCUGCGCUCCUGGCACCGGUUUCUUCCAAUCCUGCAGCAAUGGCUUCAGGGGCUGCUGCAAAGCCGACGCCUGCACGAUUGGGCACUGCCCCGAUGUGACCGUCACCUCAUCCAAGACUGCCAUUGUGACGGCGACCCCCGUUCCCGAACAUAAGUCUCACUGGCAGCCCGAGACCGUCUCCGAUUCGACUGUUUGCAAGCCCGGCACUGGCUUCUUCCAGUCUUGCUCAAACGGCUUCCGAGGCUGUUGUAAGGAGGACGCCUGCACUUUGGGCUACUGCCCUCCUGCCUCUGAGAAGCGCGAUGAGACUGUCUGCCCUCCCAACACUGGCUUCUUUCAAUCUUGCGCCAACGGCUUCCGCGGCUGCUGCAAGGGCGACGCCUGCACCCUUGGUUACUGCCCAGAUGUACCUGCUCCCGUUAUCAAGCGUUACGAUCCGACUGUCUGCGCCCCCGGCACUGGUUUCUUCCAGUCUUGCUCGAAUGGAUUCCAUGGAUGCUGCAAGUCUGAUGCUUGCACCAUUGGCUACUGCCCUGAUCUGAAGGUCCGCGAGCCUGCCGUCAAGCGCGAUGAGACCGUCUGUGCCCCUGGCAGUGGGUUUUUCCAGUCUUGCAGUAACGGCUUCCGCGGAUGCUGCAAGCAGGAUGCGUGCACCAUUGGCUACUGCCCGGAUAUCAAGAGCUUCGAGACCGUCACGAUUGCCCCCAAGACUUCGCCCAGUCCUACCCCUGAGGCUAAACACGAGUGGCACGCGGAGCCUAAGAACACCGACCCGACUGUGUGUGCCCCUGGGACUGGCUUCUUCCAAUCUUGCAGCAAUGGCUUCCGUGGAUGUUGCAAGGCCGACGCCUGCACCAUCGGUUACUGCCCUUCCAACUAA